CAGUGAGUGUCAGUCGGUCAGCCUUUCAGUUGGUCAGCAUGUAGGCUGCGGACAGCCGCUUUCACUUCUCUUUCUUCCAGGUCAAGAAACCCGUUCAGAAUGUCACUGGCGAUAAGAGGAACAUCCACUCUCAGUCGUCCUUCUUCCGCAACUUCUUGGCCAGGCUCACUUUGUUCGUUGUGCCUUGCGUCCUGUACUUGCCGCCGACCAUAUCCGCCUAUGACUCCAUAAUGGACAAUGCAAGCGUUUUCUAUCGUAUCCUAACCUCCAUAUCUCUCCUACCCACCAACCAGCGUUCCAUGUCCAAUACGUUCUGGCGGCUAUGCGAGCUGCUUGCCCAGCAAGAAAAAGAAGAUGCUGACAACGGAGGCUCCGAAGCUUACGAAAAUGAGCCUGAUGACUCCCUUUUUCCUGAACUUACAAGAGCUCUCGACGGCAGCGCCAGCAGUAGCAAUAACUAUGACCUAGAACCUUCAGAGGUGUCAAAUCUCUCUCCGCCAGAGGCUGCUCCGAUCCACUUUGACGACCCAUGUGCAUCCAUCGUAAAUUUCAAACCCAGCGAGUCGUUGAGGAUAACUUGCCUCACGAUCGGAUCCCGCGGUGACGUUCAGCCAUACAUUGCGCUUUGCAAAGGGCUCCUGGCGGAAGGCCAUAAGCCUAGGAUUGCAACCCACCGAGAGUUUGAACCCUGGGUUAGGCAGCAUGGUAUUGAUUUUGCGCCCGUGGAAGGCGAUCCGGCCGAACUCAUGCGAAUAUGCGUUGAGAACGGGAUGUUUACGUAUUCAUUUUUGAAAGAAGCGUCCCUGAAGUUCCGUGGGUGGAUAGAUGAUUUGCUCUCGUCUGCGUGGUCGAGUUGUCAGGGCAGUGAUAUUCUGAUUGAAUCCCCCAGCGCGAUGGCGGGUAUACACAUCGCGGAGGCGCUGCGGAUACCCUAUUUCCGUGCUUUUACUAUGCCGUGGACGAGAACGAGGGCCUACCCUCAUGCCUUUGCAGUGCCAGACCAUAAGAUGGGUGGAGCUUACAAUUAUAUGACGUAUGUAAUGUUUGACAACGUCUUCUGGAAAGCUAUUGCUGGUCAGGUGAAUCGGUGGAGGAAGCGGCAGUUGGGCCUACGGGGUACGAACUUGGACAAGAUGCAGCCGAACAAGGUUCCAUUUUUAUACAACUUCUCCCCGUCCGUUGUGCCUCCGCCGAUGGACUAUGGCGAUUGGAUUCGUGUGACCGGCUAUUGGUUUCUGGAUGAAGGAUCGAGCUGGUCACCGCCAGAGCAGCUUACGGCCUUUAUCCAAAAAGCACGAAACGAUCGUAAAAGGAUCGUUUACAUUGGGUUCGGCUCCAUUGUUGUUUCCGAUCCAACAGCGUUGACAAAAACUGUCAUUGAAUCCGUUUUGAAGGCCGACGUGCGGUGUGUUCUAUCAAAAGGUUGGUCCGACAGACUCGGGGACCCUUCGAGCGCGAAAACCGAAGUCCCCCUGCCACCAGAAAUAUACCAGAUUACAGCAGCACCGCAUGAUUGGCUGUUUUCCCAAGUGGACGCUGUUGCCCAUCAUGGUGGCGCAGGUACUACUGGGGCAAGUCUUCGAGCUGGUGUUCCGACGAUCAUCAAACCUUUUUUUGGAGACCAGUUUUUCUUUGGAACCAGGGUAGAGGAUCUCGGUGUGGGCAUUUCGUUGAAGAAAUUGAACGUAAACGUUUUUUCGAGGGCACUAUGGGAGGCAACUAAUUCCGAGCGGAUGAUCGUGAAGGCCAAGUUACUCGGUGAGAAAAUCCGCAAGGAGAACGGAGUAGAGAAGGCUAUUCAAGCCCUCUACCGCGAUCUCGAAUAUGCCAAAACCCUUGUCCGGCGACGCUCUAUAGCAGCAGCGUCCCCACCACUACCUGUACCUCUAGGAUCUCCUAAAGCUCGCCAUGAUUGGGAGGAUGAUUUGGCCGGUAUUGAAGAUACAUGGACAUUGGUUGGCCAUCCAGACAUAGACAUGGAACUUUCCCAGAGCAGCAAAGGCCGUGAAAGCGAAUUUGACCUACGGGCUAGUGCAGCCCUGGCGACAGGUACACUACCAGAUAUUGUUGUCGAUGAAGAUGACGGCGAGGAGGAUGUUACGCGAUGAAUGAUACGGCUCGACGCUAGCUAUAUUACAACCCAGUAUGAUGAUGUUUGAUGACUUGUUAACGAAUUGAAUUCAGGGUCCAUUUAUGGAGUUGAAUUUGGGUUCGGCGCAAGUCCUGCUCUGCUCUAUUAAUGAUAAGCUGUUUUCUUUCGUGCGGUGAUAGAGUAGGGCUCAGGAGGAAUGGAACUGACGUGCAAUCCGCGAUGCGGAGUUUCAAUUCUUUACGGAUUUGGAGCGUUAUUUGCCUUUGAUGUUUUGGGCUACUUACCGGUACCUUCUAUGGUUUAGCUUGAGCGCAUCUCUAUUACUUUUUGAGGAUUUUGUUUUAUUUGUGUCUUUGUCCUAGAUUAAGGUGGGUGAUGCGAGCGACUCGUUGGGCACCUAGACGGUUCUGCUUUACAUCGUAAUCUUAUCUCCUCUCUGCUUCAGGCAAUGUUGACCUUGAAUACUCCCCUUUUUACGUGAAUUUGGGAUCAUUUCUUU